AGAAGAGAGGCGCCCAGGCAGGAAGUAGAGCCAUCAGAUGAAUGACUUCCUUAUCAUUUCACUAUUACUUGUUUCCUUCUUCUCUUGGGCUCAAGCUUCGUGACUAAGCAGUGUUCUUAUAUCAAUUAAAAGUAUAAGAUGGGGUACAUGACCGUGGAGGAGCACAGCUCCACCGUGCUUCACCUGAGGAGGAGCCCUGGGAUCCGCUCCUGGUCGCUCCUCGUUGGUAUAACAUCGAUCGGUCUGGCAGCAGCCUACUACAGCUCAGACAGCCUGCUGUGGAAGCUGUUCUACGUGGCCGGCUGCCUGUUUGUGGCCGUACAGAACAUGGAGGAGUGGGAGGAGGCCGUGUUCGACAAGGGCAGCCGGCGCAUCGAGCUGAAGACCUUCAGCCUGUACGCCCUCAUCCUCACCCUGUGGCGGCGGGGCCACGAGAUAGUGGUGCUGGACCUGGAGCACCUGCGGGACGUGUGCGUCCAGGAGGAGAAGGUGCGCUACCUCGGGCGCGGCUACGUCCUGGUGCUGCGGCUGGCCACCGGCUUCUCCUACCCGCUGACGCAGAGCGCCACCAUGGGGGGGCGCAGCGACGUGGAGGCCGUUGGGGCCCUGCUCAAGCGCUUCCUGGGACUGGAGGAGCUCCAGAGACGCAUGAAGCAGGAGGAAGACGAUGCCCUGGUGGAGGAAGAGGAGGAGGAUCUGGACCACAGCAGCGACUCUCAGGACGAACCCUUGACCGCUCAAUAAGCUGUUGUAGGGACGUGGCUCGAUAAGAAAAAGAAGAUACAUUCUAGCCGAAGUUGCAUACACAGGCCACAGCUCUGGCAUUCCUCUAAGUGCUGUUUUCAGAGAUCUAUUGUCGAGAUGACGUCGUCGGUUUUUGUGCCUCUCUGUUAAACUGUAAUGUAUGUUUGUCUGGGUAAGCCGUUCAAAAAACGGGCUUCCCACAGUAAAACGGGCCACCCCGUAGAUAAUCACCCUUUCGCAUGUUUAUACACCAACCCAUUACUCAAGUGCCUGUAAACUAUAAUUGAGCAUGAAGGAUUGCCAUGGCUUUGGUCUGCCAGCAAUGUGUUUUUUUUGGUACGGGAGACGAUUAAAUGCUUUUGUUUUGUUUCGUUUUUGGUUGCGUGUGUGUGUGCAUUUGUGUGCACAUAUUUAUUUAUUGACUCUAUUUUUGUUCCAAACCAAAGAAUCAAGUCAACCUCAGGAAAAUGCUCCCAAACAAAAAGGGAAUUAACAGGAAUUCAGCCUAUCACUGCAUCCCAGCCGUACGUGAGCGAGAGUGCUUCAAAUAACUCUGGAAGUUUAGUUUUGCAACUUGAUUUUACAUUUUUUACUGUCAAUAAAACGUUUUUUUAAAUAAAAGAUCUCCUUUCACUUCACCGAUGACGACAAUGCAGAUGACGAUAAUGUUGCAGAUGAUAGUGACUAUGAUGCAGAUA